UGUAGUUGCAGCCACAAUGUUAAAUAGUAAAAUGUACUGUUUUGUGAAACUGCAGGGGGCAGAGAAGAGACACACACAUAGAUGAUUCAGGAGAGGAAUUCCUAAAAUACAUGCAGGCAUAGAAAGCAAUUUCUACUUUUACUGGGAACAGAUGGAGAGAGAGACCUGAAAGAAGCAAUUCUGCUGCUGGAAAUAGAAGGGAUUCUUAAGAACUUAAAGACUGUUCUAAUUCAGCAAGAGGCUACCAGACACCCACAAAGCCAGAAGUAAAGUGUUUUCAUAUAAUAGUAAUAGCUGCUGGAAUGAGUAAAGCUUUAUAUUACAUGAUCAUCACACACAUGCCCUUAACUGAGCUCUGCAGUUCACUAUGAAAUAAUGUGUGGGAAACUCAAUAUCCAUCAUCAAACCUAAACAGAAAAAGUAAUUGCCUGUUGCUGCUGCUGGAGUUGGAUUCUCCUGACCUGUUACUUUUCUGGUUCAUUUGCAAGGACUGGCUACUGUUCCAUCUGCUUUACCAGCAGCACCCAAACACAAGAUUCAUCAGAGUGAUGGUGAAUUAAGAUCUUCAUGAAGGAUGAAACCGAUAGACGGAAGUAACCCUUGUCUGCUUGGAUUUCUUGUGACUUUUUGCAUUUCGUUUCUCUCCAAGUGCAGCUUAGCCUGCCCUAAGCCCUGUGCCUGCUAUGUUCCAACAGAGGUACACUGCACAUUUAGAUAUCUAACUGCCAUCCCUAGGCAGAUCAAUACAGAUGUGGAGCGCAUUAAUUUAGGAUAUAACAGCCUUAGGAAGCUUGAAGAAACUGAUUUCUCUGGUUUACAGAAACUGGAGCUGCUGAUGUUGCAUAGCAAUGAGAUCCAAGCAAUUCAUGAAAGAGCUUUUAAUGACCUGUCUUCACUGCAGGUUUUGAAAAUGAGCUACAAUAAAGUGAAAUCAUUCCACAAAAAUACGUUUCAUGUGCUUAAGAAUUUGGUGAGGCUACACAUGGAUCACAAUAAACUAGAAUUCAUAAAUCCUGAAUCAUUUUAUGGGCUGACAUCACUAAAACUGGUCCAUUUGGAAGGAAACCUGCUCAGACAACUUCACACAGAUACAUUUGUGACUUUGCGAUAUAUAGAUAUAUUCAAAACGUCAACUAUAAAACAAAUAAGUCUUUCUGACAACCAGCUUUCAUCACUACCAAAAGAUAUGUUCUCAUAUAUGACUGAAUUAGAAGGAAUUUAUCUCCACGGAAAUCCAUGGUCUUGUGAUUGUAAGCUUGAGUGGCUAAGAGAUUGGGCACAACAAUCUAGAGACAUAAUUAAAUGCAAGAAGGAUCGUUCAGGUAAACAAUGUCCACUUUGUGCUUCUCCAAGAAAAAAUUAUGCAAAAACACUUACUGAAAUUUCAUUUGAAGAUAUGGCAUGUAUUAAACCAACCAUUGAUAAAAUCUAUAAAGUAAAAAAUGCUACCACAACAGAAGAAGGCGGAUCUAUUGCUGUAUCAUCUAAAGAUUUCAUAGCACCUAUGGGCUCCCUUAUCCUAAAUAUGACUGACCAAUAUGGAAAUGAAGCAAAUUUGGCUUGCAGCGUUCAAAAACCAACAAACAUGUCCCAGUUAACUAUGGAUACAAAAUCAGAUUAUUCAUCACUGAGGACUACAUUCUCUUCUUUUCUUGUUUGUAACAUAGACUAUGAUCAUAUUCAAAAGUUAUGGGGCAUACUGGCAAUGUACAGUGAUUCUCCAAUGAAACUCAAAAGAGAUCUCCUGCUUACAAAAACUCCAUUUAUUAGUUACAAAUACAAACAAUCUACAUCAAAUGAUGAAGUCUUUACUGACAUUGAAGCAGAACUUAGAACUGAACCAAACUGGUUGAUGCAGGAUGUGGUUACAUUACAAUUAGACAGAACAGCAACAACUCUCAGCACAUUACACAUUAGGUUUAUGGUUGAUGUCUAUAUUACAUUGCAUAAUGUUCCUGAACAACUUUUUAAAACUGGUUGGGUCAUGAUAACAAAGGAUAACCAAACCAAGACAGAAUAUUCAGCAGUAAUUGGAGGUACUGUAGAAAUAGAUUGUAAAGUUUUAGGGGAACCAACUCCUGCUAUCGAGUGGAUUCUUCCUGAUGGAAGUAAAAUUAGGGCACCAUAUGAAAGUGAAGAGGGGAGAAUAACAAUUACAAAAAGUGGAAAAUUUAUACUCAAGUCUGCCGACAGUUUUGACACUGGUGUUUACCAUUGCAUUGCUACUAAUUAUAUUGAUGCAGAUGUUCUAUCCUUCAGAAUUACUGUUGUCAGUGGUGAUGUUGAAGAACAAUUUGUCAAUGGAGUUGAGCUUUCAGUGAGUGCUGGAGAUCACAUUAACCUACCAUGUGGAUCAAGUGGUAUUCCUGAUGCAUCUGUUAAUUGGAUUUUGCCAGAUCACUCAGUCCUGUACCAACCUUCAAGAAACAAGAUUAUAUUGGCUAAUGGGACAUUACAAAUACAAGUCAUAUCAGAAAGAGACAGUGGUCAUUUUAGAUGUUUAGCAGCUAAUCAGUAUGGACUUGAUAUAUUGACACACAGAGUGCUUGUUAAAGAGACACAAAUUGGUGUCAUAAUUAAAGAAACAGAAAAUGAUGAUGGAUCUGGAAAUGAAGAUAAUGAAGAACUUAGUAAACAGUCAGCUAUGGGAAGAGUCACAGCACAAAAGCAAAUCCCAGUACACAUCCAACCUGGGCAUAUUUUAACUAGAAAAGGUUCAAAAACACACAGGAAUAUAGCCAUUCAAAGAAGAAAUAAAAUAAGCAGAAGACUGAGGGGACAAAGACGACAAUUUACUCAGAGUAACAGGAGGAUUGAUCCUCUCCGUUGGACAGAAAUCUUAGAAAAAACAAAACAAAAUGCAAAAAAACCCAAAAUAGAAACCAAAAUAUUUGAAAGUUCAUUAAAAGAAGAAUAUAUUGUUGGAAGGGCCUCAGGUGAUCUGGAGGAAUCCUCUGGUGAAGAACUUCUUCCAGUGAAAGAAAAUUUCUUCAUAUUAACAACAAGGCAUUCAUCUCUUACUACAUUAAAUGUAGCACCUACAACUAAAACAGUUACAGACUCUAAAACAUUACAGACACAACCAACAAAAACAAUGCCAACACUGAGUCCAAAUAGAACCAAAACAGAAACCUUGGCGAAUCAGAUGGCAAAUACUUCUCAAAUUCAACCAACAACACAUAGUAUUUUAAAUAACACAUACAUAGAACUAAUUUCAAAACCUCAACCUACUUCUAGUGGUUUGUAUGCAGCACUGAAGGAUGUUACAACUACCUCAUUAUUAGGAAAUACAGCAAUGUUGCACCAUGGGAGACCACAAGUUAUUAACAAUGAAUUAACAACUGCAUUUAAUUCUCUAACAGUUACACCGCAAACAGUAAUUACUAGUUCAUCAUCUACCAGUAGAUACAUAUAUACCACAUCAUCAAAUGUCAUAACAACUCCAGUAACACCUAGUUAUGUUCAUACUACAUCUCAGCAAGGUACUACAGCCUACACUAUGCCAGAGUACUCACACAUUUCUACUCAAGGUAUAAGUACUAAUCCAAGCACCACGUCUAAUUAUUUUAAUUAUCCCUCACAAAAUGUUUUGAAGAAAACCCCAUUAAAAUACAAUAUAUCUAGUACUUUGGUUCCUAAUAUUAUAAUGAACCCAACAACACCUUCUAAUGAUUUGCCUUUGACACUAAAAGACAGGUUAAUUUACCAACCAACUACAUCAAGUUACUUACAAGAAACAUCUCAGAAUGAAAUAAACAAACCACUUACUACACAGUAUGAAAAAUUGUCUUUUAGACCCAAAGGUAUCUUCCCCUAUCAGUCCACUACUUCUAGCUUCUUACAAGGAACAUCUCAAAAUGUUAUUAGCAAGCCAACGUCAACUCCAAAUGUGAAACUACAUUUUACAACCAAAGUAAUAGAACCUUAUCAACCAACUACACCUAGCUACUUAUAUGAAACUUCUCAAUAUGUUUUAAGCAAACCUCAAACAACUCCAUCUAAUAAUCUGUCUUUUUCACCCAAAGUUUGGGGAACCACUAUAUAUAGCUAUUUACAGGAAACUCCUAAACCUGUUAUAAGCAAACUGCAAACUUUGUUGGACAAAUAUAAAGAUAUUCUGCAUACGAACCAAACUAAAAAUAGGCCUCUGAAUCCUUUAACUAAACCAUUUGUUAGUACAUCACCAGUAAAACCUGAAGACAAAGUCUUUAGUACACCACCUUUACAGAUAUCUGGUGGACAACAGGAUCCUAUCACUAAAGUUUUCAAUAAGGACAGUUAUAAUUUUGGUCAUUCCUCAACCACUGUGCAGAUAAAAACAGACAUACCUGAAACAACAUCUAAACCUGCCAUGGAAAACGUGCUAUAUUCAAAGACCAAGACUAUUAUAGAAACAAAUAAUUCAACUAAAAAAGUUCCUAAUUUUACAGAGACAAAAAAUAAAGCUGAAGAGGAAAAUGCUAUAACAGUUGAUUCUUCAACCAAGUCAAGUGCUAAACUUUUUCUUUCAGAAACAGAGAUUGGUCCCAUUUACUUCCACACUACACAAAAAAUAAUCUCACCACAACUUCCAGUAGGCUCUAAAAUUAUUACACAUCAACAGAUUCAGAUAGUAAAAGAGGUCACACCAUAUAUGCCAACAGCAAAACGUUAUGGACGGAGAAGAAUUUCUGGCAAAAGAAGAAUUGUAAGACCAGACCGCAUUCCAAAUAUCAAGUCUUACUUUUCAGUUGUAAAGUCAAAUUUAAAAGACUAUACAACAACAACAACAUAUUCUACAAGUUUGGAACCAAGUAAACAAAAACAAAUGCUGUAUUCUACAUAUCCUCCAGAAAUAUCUACAACCACUGAGCGUACUUUGACCACAAUUUCAUCAGAUCCAUUUGUGAAUAAGAACCCUACUCAAAAAGGUCUAACAAACAAAGUAAAAACAACUAUAACAAAUAAUCAUGGAAUAUUUUCUAAAUUUGAUAACCCAAUAACACUUGGAACAGUCAAAGAAAACAUGUCAACCUUACCUACUCAUCAAGUUCACAUCACAAAAAAAACACACCUGACAACCCAAGUUCCAGGAACAAUGCUGCCUGUGUCAAACAGAGAAUACGUUCUCGCUACAUCAGCCCAAUCCACCACAAAACCUAGAACUACUUCAAAAGUAUUAAGGAGAAAAAUUCCUUGGCACAAAUUGUUUGGAAACAACUCAAACAUUCAAAAAGAGAUAUUAAAGAAGUUAAGAAAAAAUUCAGAGCUAACAUCAGCAAGUACAACAAUAAGUACAACAAUAAAACUACCUUUAACUGUAACAUCACCCAUUUUAAAAGAAUUUACAUCCACAGAAACCACCCCUUCAACUAUGAGCAAUUUACAGUACAGUACAUCAAUAACAAUGACAAGCAGCCCUAAAACACAGGCUAAGUCAACUCUAAUACUAGACAUUCUUUUGCCAGACAUCUUUCAUUUAACCAGUUCUAAUGCUGCUACCACAUUAGGAUAUCACAAUAUGACACCUACUUCAAAAACAAAGUAUUUUACAUCUCCAACAUCAUCCUCAACUAUGGACAAGGCAGUUAAGCGAAAAUUCUUCAGAAAGAGACCACGGAAGAAAACUUUUUUAAACAAGCCAAUAAAUUUGGACAUGUGGAAACUAGCAAAAUCCAGAAUAUCUAACAACACACAAUAUAAAUUGAGGUCUUCAGAACUAAAGGAUAACACAGCCAGUAGUAGAGCCAGUAUUCAUAAAGAAAUGACCACAUCUCAGGGAAUUACUCAACUUCCACAACUUCUAAUGAAGAAGACUAGUAAUUAUCCACAUACUGCAUUUUAUUCUAGCAAAGCCAAUGAUAAUUUGCUACCCACAAUAAAAAAUGAUAUUUGGAAUAAAACUUCAAAUCCCCUGAAAUCAUUUUCAGAUGAAAAGUCAAAAAUGACAAUGGGAAAAAAGUAUUUUACUAGUUAUGAACAAGCAAUGACUACAGAAAGCCAGUUUAAAGAUACUUUUAUAACCACUCAACAAGAGACAAAACAAACUUUACCCUAUGAACAGGACAUUAUACCAAGCACGUUGGUUCCAACCUUAAAAACCUAUGAGAUUACUACCAAAGAGGCCAUCCAAUCACCCCUACCAGUAAAGAAAGCCACUCAAAGGCCAUCUAUAUUUGCAGAGAAAAAAACAAUCCAGAGUUUGGAAAAUAGGCCUAAUCUGGAAUCUGCAGAAACAGCUGUAAGGAUUACAACUUCAACCAAUAUAAUGAAAUAUUCUGAAAACUACACCCCUUCAUUGGCUAAACAACGACAUGGCAAGAAAAUUGGAUUAGAAAAGCCAGUGGCUAUAACAACAACCACAGUUAGCCUUCUCAGUACAGAUUCUACAACACAAAACAGCAGGUCAAAGCCUAGAAUAAUUGGAGGAAAAGCAGCAAGUUUCACAGUAUUGGCUAAUUCUGAUGCUUUCAUCCCAUGCGAAGCCAGUGGGAAUCCACCGCCAACAAUUCUUUGGACAAAAGUAUCAUCAGGUACUUUUGUAACGAAAACAAGACGAGUAAACAAAAUGGAGGUUUUUAUGAAUGGUACCCUCAGCAUCUCAAGUGUUGGCAUACAUGAUGGUGGACAGUAUCUUUGUGUGGCCAAUAAUCAGCUUGGCUCAGAUCGUCUGCUUGUCACGCUGUCAGUGAUAACUUACCCUCCAAGGAUCUUUCAGGGGAGAUCAAGAGAGAUUACAGUACACUCAGGAAACUCAGUCAAUAUAAAUUGUCAGGCUGAAGGUAGACCUUUUCCCACAAUUACAUGGACUUUAAAAAAUGAGACCAUUCCCUUUGGAACAUCUACAAGCAAUCGUAAGAUAUUUGUGCAACAAGACGGUACUCUCAUAAUCAAGGAUGUAACCAUAUAUGAUCGAGGGAUUUACAUAUGCUUAGCUACCAACCUAGCAGGAGAUGAUACAUUUACAGUAAAGAUUCAAGUGAUUGCUGCUCCUCCAGUUAUUGUGGAAGAAAAACGUCAGACUGUUCUAGCUGCUCCUGGGGAGAAUCUAAAGAUUCCUUGCACAGCUAGAGGAAACCCUCAACCUACAGUACACUGGGUCGUUUUUGAUGGUACAAAAGUUAAACCGUUGCAAUACGUAAAUGCAAAACUGUUUCUUUUUUCUAAUGGAACACUUUACAUAAGAAAUGUGGCUUCAACAGACAGUGGGAAUUAUGAAUGUAUUGCAACCAGUUCAACUGGGUCUGAAAGAAGAGUGGUUAAUCUCAUGGUUGAGCAAAGCGAUACUUUUCCUAAAAUAACUGAUGCAUCUCCAAAAACUACCGAGAUGAACUUUGGAGACAAACUCGUGCUGAACUGCACUGCAACAGGGGAACCAAAGCCAAGGAUAAUAUGGCGAUUGCCAUCAAAAGCAGUGGUAGAUCAGUGGCACAGAAUGGGAAGUCGAAUUCAUGUGUUUCCAAAUGGUUCCCUAUUUGUGGAUUCUGUGAAUGAUAAAGAUGCAGGAGACUACUUAUGUGUGGCAAGGAAUAAAAUGGGAGAUGACGUUAUAUUAAUGAAAGUCAGUGUGACAAUGAAACCAGCGAAAAUUAUUCAAAAACAACAGCUCGCCAAGCAAGUGCCAUAUGGUAAAGAUUUUAAAGUGGACUGCAAGGCUUCAGGGUCUCCACUGCCUGAAAUAUCUUGGACCUUGCCAGAUGGUACCAUGAUAAAUAAUAUUCUCCAAGCUGACGAUAGUGGAAGGAGAAAACGUAGAUACGUUCUCUUUGACAAUGGAACUUUGUACCUAAACAAAGUAGGCAUAGCCGAGGAAGGUGAUUAUACUUGCUAUGCUGAAAAUAAACUAGGACGAGAUGAAAUGAAGGUUCACAUAACUGUGGUUACAGCUGCGCCACAAAUUAAGUUAAAUAUGAAUACAAGACAUGCAGCAAAGGCAGGAGAAAGUGUGAUUUUAGACUGUGAGGCAAAUGGAGAACCAAAACCAAAAAUAUUUUGGUUGCUUCCCUCCAGUGAUAUGAUAGCAGUAUCUCAUGACAGAUAUUUAUUGCAUGAAAAUGGAUCUUUGACAGUAAGCCAAGUUAAAUUAUUAGAUGCUGGGGAAUACAUGUGUGUAGCACGCAACCCUGCAGGUGAUGAUACAAAGCUUCUCAGAUUAGAGGUACUUGCAAAACCCCCAAUUAUCAAUGGUCUAUAUUCAAACAGAACUAUAAUUAAGGACACUGCCAUUAAACACUCUAGAAAAUUAAUUGACUGUACAGCUGAAGGGGCUGCCCCACUUCAGGUUAUGUGGAUAAUGCCAGAUAACAUUUAUUUAACUGCGCCAUACCAGGGAAGUAGGAUAGUGGUCCACAAAAAUGGAACUUUAGAAAUUCGGAACAUAAGACCUUCAGAUACAGCAGAAUUUACUUGUGUUGCUCGCAAUGAUGGAGGUGAAAGCAUGCUUGUGGUUAAGCUGGAGGUACUAGAGAUGCUUAGACGGCCUAUGUUCAAAAAUCCGUUUAAUGAAAAAGUUAUUGCUAAGUCAAGCAAAAUGGCAAUAUUAAAUUGCUUUGCUGAGGGAAAUCCUUCUCCGGAAAUAAUGUGGCUUCUGCCAAAUGGCACACGGUUUUUAAAUGGGCCAUCAAUUUCAAAAUACCAUGCAGGAAGCAAUGGAACUUUUAUUAUUUACAACCCAACCAAAGAUGAUGCAGGAAAAUAUCGAUGUGCGGCUAGAAAUAAAGUGGGCUAUAUUGAAAAGCUUAUUAUUUUGGAGGUUGGUCAAAAGCCUAAUAUACUUACACAUCCUAGAGGGUCAAUUAAGGGCAUCAUUGGAGAAUCAUUGUCUUUACAUUGUCUUUCUGAUGGAAUACCUAGACCAAGUGUUACCUGGAUAAUGCCAAGUGGAUAUGUUAUUGAUAGACCACAAGUUCAAGGGAGGUACAAGUUACUUGACAAUGGAACGUUGGUUAUUCAAGAAACAGCAAUACAUGACCGUGGAAACUACCAGUGUAAGUCCAAGAAUUAUGCAGGUGAGGCAGCUAUUAAUGUUGCAGUUGUGGUUGUAGCAUAUCCUCCAAGGAUUACAAACAAGCCUCCACAGACUAUCCAUACGAGGGCAGGCUCUGCUGUACGUCUCAACUGCAUGGCCAUUGGGAUACCCAAACCAGACAUAUUCUGGGAGCUGCCAGAUCUCUCUGUAUUAUCAACAGCAAGUCAAGGAAGCCUUACUGGAACAGAACUUCUUCAUCCUCAAGGUACAUUAGUAAUUCAGAGCCCUCAAACUUCAGAUUCUGGAAUAUAUAAAUGCAUAGCGAAAAAUUCUCUUGGCACUGACAUGAGUAAAACAUACUUAAAUGUAAUCUCACGGAGUAAUUAAGGAAAUGGGACUAAACGUAAGCAGAAAGAAAUAAAUGAAUAGUGACACCUAUGCAAUAUUUGGCAUAAUGCUUCUGCAAGAUAUACACCGCAAGGCAUAAAUAUUCGUUAUGAUCUAAUAUUUCUACCAGCAUUAUUUCAGAGAUUUUAUUUAAAGCACUUUCUCCACUCCUCUAACUCAACUGCAAACUGUGAAAAUAAAGAGUCACAUUAUAUAAAGUAUAUAUUUUAUUUAGAAAUCUGUGGUGUACCUUGUAUGCUUCUGUUUUCAAUCACAUUUUCUUCCAGAGAAGUGAACUUAGCCAAGUAGCAUUCUUCCAUAUACACUUAGAUCACAUCUGUUACAAAAACAACAAAUCUGGGAGCCGUUUAUUAUUUGAUUCACCAUAUAUGAAUAGAAAGCAAAUAUAAAUUCUUCAAGUGUAUGACAAAUUUAAAUAAAAUACUAGUCAAAUA